AUGAUUGCCUCAGUGUUGUACCUGGCUGUUGAAACAAAGGUUAACCUCAUCUCUGUUGUUUUCUCUCUCUCUGUUUCAGUUGUGGACAGCAAGGUGAUCCUGGAGGGUCUUCAGAGGUUUGGCCCCACACCGAUCUAUCUGCCUGUCAACUAUCGGAUCCUCAAUGCUGAGUCUGCAUUCUUCCUACAGGAGGCCAAUCAGGACAUAAUGAGGAACUCCAGCCUGCAGGCUCGCACUGAGUCCUUCUUCGUCCACCAGGCUCGACAGAUGCCCUUUGUCAAUGCCAGCUACGGACCACUGUCCGUCCAGCAACCAGUCCCUCUGGAGCUGCUGCAGACGCUGCCAGGGCCAUUUAACACGCCCUCCUUCUCUUCAUCAUCAGUGCCAACAUCAUCAUCAUCAACACCAUCAUCACCUCUAUUUACAUUCAACUGGAAGGUGCACACCUAUAUUAUCAGUGAGAGGAUUUACCCCAGUUGGCCAAAGGUUCAGGUGUUGUUCUACAUCGCAGGGAGGGACUGGGAUGAUUACAGCGCCACCUACAAGCUGCCCUGCGUCAGGAUGUUUGCCUUCCACGAGACUCAAGAAGUGCGAGGGACAUGCAGGCUAAAAGGUGAGCUGGGAAUAUGUGUAGCUGAGCUGGAGCCCCUGGCCAGCUGGUUCAGCCCUCCCACCGUCAGGCCGGGCAGGCAGAGGGUCACAGAGCAGGCCCAGGGCACUCCUGUGGAGCUCUACUACAUGGUUCAAAGCACGGACAGCGGAGACUGCAGCUCAGAGGAUUCUAGAAAGGGCAGCCCCAUCCGCACAGACCAGCAGAGACCCAUGGGAUAUUUUGCAGGACACACACCUAUGCAGCGCAUCGGGAGUGUGAGGCUGUUUCAGCCGCUGUCAGAGCUAAAGCUGGACAAUAACUUUGUUGUGAUGGCACCAUCCAAACCCAUUCGACAGAGAGAAACACUCUCUACUUUUCUGGCUCUGUCCACGCUUUCUUCUGUGCAAAUUUUCACCCUCAGGGUGAAGCUGAAGGAUGGUGUAGCAUUCCUUGGAGCAAGAGCCAGUAACCCUGUUGUGUGGACGGUGAGCCAGGAUGUCCGAAGUGAAGGCCACAGGAUCGUCACCCUCCACUGUCGGAGGAAGGAGAACAGUUUCAGUCAAAGGAUGGAGGGAGCAGGAUAUCAGCGGGUGCUGCAGGUGGACCUGGAGGUGAACGGGCUGAUGAUGAAUCAGGGGGGACGGGAGGUGACGUGGCAGGUGGAGUAUCCACUCACCCGCACCCUGACCAGUGAGGUUCCCACAAUCAUCCGUCUGGCACCGCAGGACCUUGGAGGCAUCGUGCCAUUAGCCAUGGACACAGAGAUCCUCAACACGGCCGUCCUGACCGGGCGAACCGUUGCUGUACCAGUAAAGGUGGUGACUGUGGGAACAGACGGAGCGGUCUCUGAUGUAACAGAGUCGGUGGAGUGCAGGUCAACAGAUGAACAGGUUAUUAAGGUGUCAGAGCGAUGUGAUUAUGUGUACGUCAAUGGGAAGGAGACGAGAGGAAAGAGCCGAGUGAUGCUCAACUUCACCUACAGUUUUCUGGGCGCCCAGCUGGAGAUGAGUGUUUGGAUGCCUCGCUUGCCCUUGCUCAUCGACAUAGCUGACCCUGAGCUCAGCCAGAUAAAGGGCUGGAGGGUCCCUGUUAGUGUGGGCAACAGAAGGUAUGAGCGGGUCACUGAUGACAAAGAUGAAGACGGUGCGAAAGCGGAGAGGACCGAGAACAGCUGUGUGCCUCAGUAUCAGAGCACCACCCUGCGUGUCCUCACACACUUCGUGGUGGAUACUGGGGAAGUUAAAGGAGCCUCAGAGGACGACGGGCUGGGCCAGCAGAACUUCCUGUUGGGCACUGACUGGCAGGUGGAAGUGACACAACUGGUCAAGGAUUCUCUGAGGGUGGCUGACCAGAAGGUUGUACAGCUGCUGGAUGGACACGUCAUCAUGGGAGUGAGCACAGGAAUCACCAAGAUACAGGUGCUGUCCCCUCUUACAUCAUCGGUCCUGGCUGAGAGGAGCAUCAGGGUGCUGGAGGAUAAAGUGAGUGUGACAGAGCUCGGGGUGCAGUUGGUGUCUGGACUCUCUCUGUCUCUGCAGCUCAGCCCUGGGAGCAACAAGGCCAUUGUUGCCACUGCAACCACACAAGAAGUCAUUCAAUCUCUUACACAGGAGUCCCUCAUCAGUGCUUGGCUCCAGUUCAGUGAUGGAUCUAUGACUCCACUAGACAACUACAACCCUGCCCAUUUUUCCCUGGCAGCCACCUCUUUGAAUGAAAAGGUGGUAGCAGUGCAGCGUAGUGCGAUGUGGAAGUGGCCCAUUGUUGUUGCCAAAGGCGAAGGUCAGGGCUUGCUUGUGCGUGUUGAAAUGAGCCAAUCACAGGUAUGCCAGAAGGGAAAACAAAAAACUAUCUUAGCCACUGGCAUGGCAAACAUACAGGUACGGUUUGGUCAGACAGCAGACCAAUUUAGACAGCCAGGAGACAGACGAACACGUCCUGAACCUCCAUAUAAUGGAGGAUCUAUCUCCGACAUAGAUACUGGAAUUAUCAACCGUGGAGCCACCACCAUCAGGGGUCAUGUCCCUGUGAGACCCAAUGGGGGCCGUCAAUCCGUGGACAGUGGGGUGAGAAUCCCGAGUGAAUUCUCUGAAUAUCCAGACCAGGCAGAACUGCCUCGAAGCCGCAGCACUGAUGAGGACUUUGCUUCAUCCAGACGAGGACUGACGGACUUGGAGAUUGGUAUGUACGCCCUGCUGGGAGUCUUCUGCCUGGCCAUCAUGGUUUUUCUUAUUAACUGCAUCUCUUAUGCAUACAAGUACCGCAGCAAGCACAUAUCCUUGGAGGCCCCAGAGGCAAUGCCCCAUGCUCACGACUGGGUUUGGCUGGGCCAAGAUGAGGGGCUUUGUCUGCAGCAACAGCAGCAGGACGAGCUGGGUGGUACCUUAGAGGAAGGUAGUCAACUACUGAAUGGAGGCUUACAGCGAGGUAAUACAGGUGUGGGUGGCUGCAGUGGGAGGAAUGAGUCCCUGAACUCACCAACCACCAAGAGAAAGAGGGUGAAGUUUACCACCUUUUCCAAUGUCAAGUCCAGUAAUGGAUGUCCUGUGCUCAGCCCAUUAGCACUAGUGCAGACCAGUGAGAUAAAAUGGGUAUGUCCGGACAUCGAGCUUGGGGACUCAAAGGAUCUUAGGAACUACAUGGAAAAGCUUAAUGAGAAUGCAAUUAAGAACUUGGCAUAGGAGAAACUGAGGGUUUUCAUGAACUACAGAGAAACUCACCUGAAUGCCUUCAGAAUAAGGAGGAAUGAGGGUUGGACAAAGGAAAAGACAAGACUAGAUGGGUGCAGAAAACAGCCUGGGACUGCUGUUAAACUGUCCCUCAACAUAACAAAAGGAGAUUGUGUUCAGCCUCUGCUGUUUGGUUCUCAGAAGGGAUCGAGCAAUGUACCACAAAUAUGAUAUGGUUUGCCAUGACACCACAGCAAAGAUAUGACGGAGGAAAGUAAACUUGAUAUUGUUGAUUAACUAAAUGUAUGUUGUUUGUCUUUAAUUGAGGUUCAGUUUCCUUUUUCAAUUCGCCAUGUUGUUUCUUUUAAGUUUUCUAAUAUUUUCAAUCACCAUGUUUUAACAUUGUAUUUGUUGUACUUUUUGUGUUUUGUUAAUUUUAUAAGAAAUGCUGUAUGCUCUGUAUCAAAUGUCAGCAAAUAUAGAUUCUAGGAGAGAGGAGUUUGAAGCAGUUUUGUAUUGUAUAUAAAUACAGAGUUUGAUUUGGAGGUUUUGUAAGUAUAGUAAGAUUUUGUAAAGUGAUGUUUGGUUUAGUUUUUGGUUUGUAGUUUAGUUUUUAGUUUUGUCUCCAGAAACCAGAUCCAUGCAUGAUGAUGUGAAAGAGGAGGUAUGUGUGUGCGUGAUGUUUACUUGGAAUGAAAGUGUGAAGAUAAAACCGGAACCUAUGGAGACUUGUCACUUUAAUACUUUUGCAUACAAUCUUCAUGGAGCUGAAGUGUUGGUUUGUUUUCAAAUAUUUUGGCAUUGUUGUAAUUUUUUU